AUGUUAUAUGUGAAGGAAACAGAUUUGUUAUUAAAAUUUUUGAAAUAUGGAAAUAAGAAUAUUAUUAGUAAAAAUAACUUAAAUAUAAAUGGGAAAUGUCCAAAUAUGCAAUCUUUUUGUACAUACGUAUUAGAUAAUAAGAAUAUUAUGAGAAAUACUUUUAUGGAUAAAGGAAUGUCUACUUUUUGUAAUAAAACUAGUUACUUAAUAAAAAAGGAUAUAGGUAAAUAUUUUUUUACAAGUACAUCAAGAGUUCAUUUUAAUAUGACGACUAAAGAUAUUUCUAAUAAUAGCAUUACAAGAGGGUGUUCAAAAGAAGUUUCCAUAUUUGAAAAUCCAAAUGUCUUAAUUCUUUUUGAUAAGAAUAGUCGUGAAACUAUAGGACAAAGAAUAUAUAGGUAUUUGGAUAUAACUGGAUUUUUAACAAGAUAUAAUAAUAGAAAAGAAUGGUUAUUAGAUUUAGAUCCAUAUACAAGAUUAUCAACAGUUAUGUUAACAGAAUAUGAAAGAAAAUUAAUGAUCUUUUUAAAAUUUCAUGUAUAUUUAUUAUUUGUUAUAUGUAUGUAUUUAUGGUAUCAUGCACAAGUACAUUUUACUAUGAAACCUCCUUGCCCAAAACCUAUAGCUUAUGGACAUAUGGAUGGAAGAAAAAGAGAUUUUACUUGGCAUGGAAAAUUAUUUUUUAUUUAUCCAAAAAUGAGAUGUAAAGAAUGUCGUUGGCUAGAUAUUCAAUGUAAAAAAGAAUGCUUCGAAAAAUUGAAAUUAGAAGGACAUAAAUUCAUUAUAAAUAAUGGAGAUCCAUUAUCUGUUCCCAAAACGGUUUUAUAUCCAUCACAUUUCAAAUAA